CGGCGGCUCAGUCCUCAGUCCGAUAUCGACGUCCGAACGAGGCGCACAUAUCCAUCGAGCCACACGUUGCGAAAUUUUACGCGGCCUUGGCCGUCCGCGCUUCUCGCAUUUCUGCUGAUGGAACAUAGAAGGACGAAGCACGUGGAGGGAACAGAGGCAGCUUCGGCACAGUAAUAGUGCAAGGAGUGGGUAUACAUGGGUACCAAAUGCCCUGGAAGUUUUGCUUUUCAACGAGACACACGCGUCCGCUGCGACGUCAAUCCGAUUCGUCCGAAGACUAUACAGUUUAAAUAAUAAUUCACUGGCAGUGCGAGUUCUUCAAUCGAGUAUUUGUAUCGGAUCUAAAACAACCACGACGACGACGAGCGUAACGUCGACAACGUCUUCCUCGCGUGCAGAGUCUAGCCGAGGGAGACAAACUAUGAUGCUGAUGAAUUUGUGACUUCCAACUGUACCGAUACGCAAACGGCAGCGACUUAAAGGAAUCCGACUUAUGAAAUACGAAGACUGCUAAUGUUGAUUCUGGCUAAGGCUGAAGAGGCACUGAUUUAACGGUUGACGAAAAGAUCAUCGCAUAUAUCGAGCUAUUUUAGAUUUCGUACCGGCAGCUACGAGGAGCCAGAAAUAUAAAUUGUAAUCUCCUCAUGUCCCUCUUUCCCUCAUCCGUCUCUCUCUCUCUUUCUAUACUACUCUCUAACUCUCUAUCCCUCAUUUAGAUAUCUCGCUUCCGCGCGGAAGAUCGAUAUUUCGUCCUGACGGUGGCUAUUAACGACACGCGUACUUUUCAUUCGCUCCCUCCUACUCCGUUUUUCACGCUACGAUUGCUUCCAAACAUAACGUAAGGUGUAAGCCCCUACCCCAACGUCGAUUUUUCCAUCAAUGUCAGGUAGCGCGUGACAGUCCCGCGUAUCCCUGCAUCAUCGGUGGUCGAUAUCCUUCGAUAGCUCCGACUAUAAAUCCGAUUCACUCUAAUCCGAGGUCGCGGAUUUCUUCGUACAACAUUGCACCAGUCGGCGCUCAAUUUUUAUCGGGUCACCUACGAGAGCCACCCACUCCGUUUCCACCAAUUGCCAGCCUAUCCUAUGACGUAUCCUUUCUCAUACCUCGCAGCCUUUUCAUCCUGCCGCAGUUUGAAGCUUAUACGCGGUCGCGUAUGCAUCUGGAAACAGUCAAUAAGAAGUAUCAUCGAGGUAUCACACAAGUAGCAGAAAGAGAUGAGCGUAGCACAGAUAUAGAGACCGUUUUGAUUUUCAUCGACAAUUGUACAUAUAACACUGGAGAAUAAAUUGUUGUCGGUUGUUCCUCGAGAGAGAAACCGAUCUCAGUAUUUUUACGGACACAACAGUGCAAGCACUGUUGACACUAUUACAAUUAAAUAAUAAAGAUAACCACUGUUGUGCUAUCAUUACUGUUAUUAUUGUUAACGUUGUUGUUACCCCCAUUGUUGUUAUAUCAUCCGCUGUGAAAUCACGGUAAUAGUGACAACGGUCACCGAAAAACUCACAAGUUUACGUGAAGUUGCGUAAGGCACGCGUGUUUCUUCAAAUCGUGUCAUUAAUUCAAGGUUAUUGAGAUACACGGGAAAGGAAAUAAAUAGGCGGCAGGAAGUGGAGGACAAGUGGCACGUGGAGUCGCGACGUAUCUCCACGAGAGCAAACAAAUAAAGAGAGAGCGUGCUGAGGAUCUCAAUUAAAUAUAUCAUCCGCGAGAAGGGUGAUCGAUUCUUCUGUAUCCGUCGAGACCCACGGGAGAAUGGUAGUCGAAGCCGCGACGAGAAAUGGGCACGAGCUGGCACCUUUAAACGACCGUCGCCAACCCACCCAUAACGUGACGAUCGUGACGACAGGAAGUCAAAAUGUCACCGGUGGCCAGGAAACGAAGGAGGAGAAUAGAGCGGCGUGGAGUGGGAAAAUGCAAUUCUUUCUCAGUAUUAUCGGAUACAGCGUGGGUCUUGGCAAUAUCUGGAGGUUUCCUUAUCUGUGCCAACAGAAUGGAGGUGGUGCCUUCCUCAUUCCUUUUUUCGUGAUGCUCAUCUUAGAGGGCGUACCCCUCUUCCUGAUCGAGCUGGGUCUCGGACAACGUAUGCGACAGGGUGCCCUGGGCGUUUGGAACACUAUACAUCCUUGGUUAGGAGGUAUAGGAAUCGCGUCGUGCAUAGUUACGUUUUUCGUUGCGCUUUACUACAACGUAAUUAUUACUUGGUGCUUCUUCUACCUCUUCAAUUCGCUCGAGGCUGUCACCAUCAAAUUCGGUGAAUCACUGCCGUGGGCGAAAUGCCCGGAAUUGGACGGGAAACCGGUCGAGGAAUGUGCUAGGAGUUCGGAGACCGCAUAUUUUUGGUACAGGACUACCUUAGACGCGGCACCGUCCAUCGACGAUGGCCAAGGUCUCAAGUGGUGGAUUGUCCUUUGCCUCUUGCUCAGCUGGGUCAUCGUGUUCUUCAUCGUCAUGAAGGGCAUACAGUCGUCAGGCAAAGUAGUCUACUUUACGUCCAUGUUCCCGUAUCUUGUACUAACCAUUUUCUUCAUCCGCGGGAUAACGCUGAGAGGUGCGAGCGCCGGACUGGCGCACAUGUACACACCAAAGGUCGAGAAACUGUUGGAGCCCACGGUCUGGCUUGAUGCGGCGACCCAGGUUUUCUAUAGCUUCGGGUUGGCGUUCGGUUCCCUGAUCGCAUUCGGCAGCUACAACACCCCCAACAACAACUGCGUGAGGGACGUGAUCCUGGUGAGCGUGUGCAACGCGUUUACUGCCAUUUAUGCGAGCGUUGUCAUUUUCGCCAUUUUGGGGUUCAAGGCAAUGUCAAACGUGGACAAAUGCGUCGUCAGCGCGAAGAAUAUUCUGAUGGAUAAUGGGCUGUUGAAUGCUUCGACCUCGUUUGAUCUCGAAGACUACGAACUCUUUAUGAAGACUUUCAACGCUUCAGAAAUAAAAAAUUCCACGAUAAAAUCAUGCAGUCUCAGCAAUGAGUUGGAUAGCGCUGCUGAGGGUACUGGAUUAGCUUUCAUCGUGUUUACACAGGCAAUCGUGGAAUUACCGGGUGCGCCGUUUUGGUCCUGCAUUUUCUUUCUGAUGCUUCUGGCCCUCGGUUUGGGCUCACAAAUUGGAAUACUCGAAGGCAUGCUUUGCGUAAUCUUCGACAUAGAUCUCUUCAAAAGAAUAAAGAAGCAAUAUAUAACAGGUGUUGUCUGUGUCGUUUGCUUUUUCGUGGGGCUCAUCUUCUGCACUGGUGCUGGGGAAUAUUGGCUGAAAAUGUUCGAUAGCUUCGCUGGUACUAUCGGUCUCGUUAUGGUCGCUCUUAUGGAAAUGAUCUCCGUGAUUUUCAUAUACGGUCAUGAAAAGUUCACGAAGGACAUCGAAGAGAUGACAGGAUACAGACCGGGAGCUUAUUGGCAAAUCACGUGGCGAUUUCUCGCUCCAAUAAUAAUGGUUUGCAUUCUCAUAUCUAGCAUCGCUUCCAUGUUCAUCAAGAAACCGCAAUACUCGGCAUGGAAUGCGACAUUGGGUAUAGCAGAACCUACGAGUUAUCCCACUUGGGUGCUGGGCAUCGCAGCCGCCAUAAUUUUCGCGGGUAUCGCGCCGAUUCCGCUCGUUUUCCUCUUACGACGAUUCCAGUGCGUGAAGCUCGACGUGGACAUUCAUCAAGGCAGUAUUCGUCGUAUCGACACCACCGUUUCCACCAAGGAAAUGAUGGGCGACGUUGACCUUGAUGAAUAUCACGACCGGCUCGAGGAUUUCCCGGAAGAAGACGAGGACAUUAAUAGCGACGACGAUACAAACACUGUACCGGCCAUGAGUAAACUCGCCAAGAAAGCAAUGCAGGGUAGGGCUUUCAAAAUGGAAGUAAUGAACUUUUAAGAGCGCAUAAUAUCGGCAUGACUCGAACUGUUUGUUUGCAAACCACUGUGGGCUAAGGAUAUUAGCAAUGAUUAUGACAUAUAUAAAGACUAACUAUAGUUUACGCUAAAUUAUAGUCGAUGUCUUUGCGAGAUAAACCCAUUUUAUAUAUCAUCACAUAAAAAGAUAGACAUACAGAUAUUUACGAUAUCAAUAAUUAAUUUGUAAAGGCUUACAUUUCAAUAGAGAAUAAUCUGUGAGUUAUAAACAAAUUUUUGACAAAAUUGAAUUGUUUGUUUUAAAUCUUUAACUUUGAAGAUUUCUCAAGUUUGGUCUUUAUAUAUACUACAGUCAUUGGUGUGUCGGGUUAUCGGAGCCGUGCGUCCUUAAGAUGGUAUUGAGUAAACAAACAACGAACGGAAUGCGCGAAUGCUCAAAUUUAUUUGAAAUCCUCUUUGAUGUAUCGCGAUGAUGAACGAAUCAGAUCAGAUGCAAAUGGACCACUAACGAGUAUUGCGUUUGCAUUUAAUAUGAUUAAUCCAUCUCGAGAAAAAUGUAACGAAAUGAAAAUUCGCAUUCGUCGUUGGUUUGCUCGAAAAGUUGUGUGUCGAUCGCGAUUUUUUCGUAUAUAUGUAAACUUUAGAUAGAUGUAGGGUGAAUUCGCUACAAAUUGAGCUCAAUAUUCGGAUCGAGGCGUCAUUAGGAGCAAUAUGAUAAUACGAAAUAAGUUUUAGGAAGGUGUAGAGCCACGAGAGCGACCAAUUUGCGCCGCGACGAGCUUUACCGUCGUUUACACGCGCUUCCGGAUAAAAUCGCAAAUCACCAGACGGAAUACGAUAGAUGCAUAUAUAGUGGACGAGAAAUAGCAACGAGAGAAUAGAAUGUUCUGGCUUUUUAGUCAUGCGGACACGAUCUGACGCGGGAUCGUUAAAUUCGUCCGGUUCAAUUCGUUUUUAAUUAAACAGCGCAAUUCUUUUCUUUUUCUUCUUAUUAGAUCAUAGUAGCUUGAUCUUUCCAUCUUUCCAAUGAAAGAAACAUCGGAAAGACUAGACAAUAAAAUUGAACGUAAUCGAGUUCUUAGUCAAAUGUAGACGAUUUGUUUAUUGCUCUCUUUAUACGAUACCAAAAAUGAAAUGUAUAUGCUUUUGGCUCCUCCGAGGUUCUACCUUUCGCGUAUCAUUGCAGUUCAGACAUGAUCGACCUUACAAAAACGUUCUAAAAAAAAAAAAAAAGGAAAAAUAAGUCCCACAUACCAAAUGAUUAAUGUUAUUUCUCUUUUAUUAUUUAAGCAUUUUUGCUUAGUAAAACAUUUUUGAGAUACAAAGUGACCUUUUAAGGAAAAGAAGAGAAAUCAAAGAGAUUAAACCAUAUAUAUAUAUAUAUUAUAAAAACACUUAUAUUAUAAAUAUAUAUGUUCCCGAACUUUCAAAACACGCAUAUAAUAUAUAUACAUAUAUUGUAUGUAUAAUUUCAUAAGGAUUGAAAGAUUAUUUUUGAAACACGAUUACGGUCGAUCAAAUCUGCAUUAUACAAUCUCGUUAAGCAAAUAAAUUAAGUAGGACGAAUAAUAUUAUGCAAACGAAUUACGUCACAAGUACCAGCAAAUAAUAUUUUUAAUUGACAAUUAGAUUAUGUUCCGCGAGAAGGUAUUAUAAUGAUUCAAACAGGCGCUAAGUUGGCUUAACUGUUAUUUUUAAAUUUCACUCGUCAUCAGCUGUGACGGAUUAUCAUUAAGUUAACAAUUAAAAAGCGUCAUAGUAUAAUACGCCGCGCGUUCCUUUACUAUUAAUUUCGCCAGAAAAAAAUACGAGUAUUUAUGAGGUCACGCGGUGCCAUUAUACGAACGUGACAUUUUCGAUGAAAUAUAUUACCGGUGCAAAAUAUAUUACUAUAUAUUGGUAUCGUGUUGUGUACGAGGUACCUCGAGAAUACCGGACCUCUGCUAUUCCAAAACAAAUUUCUCUUUCAUGAAAUAGCCCCUAUCGCCGGGCGUCGUUUGGCUGGUCCAGCUAUUUUGGAUAAGAAAAUACCUGCGUACCGAUUCCGCUUUUAGGGUAUAAUCAAUGAGCGAUCGGUUUGCCAAGUUCCAUCUCUUAAGGUCUCGUGAGACGAUGUGAAUUUCGAAUAACCGUAAUGUCAAUAAUAAAGAGAUUGCGAUCCGCGCGAGAAUCGCAUUUGCUGUGCAAAUUUCGCGAAAUAUCUUUUCGUGUACAUGUACGUUACAAUCUAAGCUCGAAAACGCCAUUGUGAUCAUCCUCUGUGCUAUUUAUAUUGUACAUACUUUAAACUGAGAUCAAUUAAUUGGACAAAUCAGUGAGAACGUGUACAAUAUCGCGAUUAGUUCGCGAACACAGACAAAAUAGAGAUUAACCGUCAGUGCUGUAAAAGCGAGUGCGAGUUGAAAAGCGCUCGUAACGCAGGGAAAGUAACAACGGUAUGUAAAAUAGGAGUCCUAGGAGCGAGAGAUUAUUAUUAUUAUUAUUAUAUAUUAAUGACAUUACGAAUUCGAUGAAAACGUAACGCGUGUGUGCCAUUGUAAAUAAUAACUCGGCGUUUAUAUGCCAAUCUGCAUCUAAAUUAAUACCUCGUAAAGUACCUAUUUUUUGAAUCGCUUAGGAAUAGUGUUACAAAGUAUCGUACCUAUUUACUUUCUUCCCUUUUUUCUACAUGUAAAAGCAUACGCUCUUUUACUUCGUGCAAAAGGGACACAAACUUUUAGAAACUAGUCGUCUAAACGUAGGCGUAUGGCGUAUGUAAGUAGACAAUGUUGCGAAACGUCCCCCUUCUUCCCCCCCUCCUCUCCCCUCCACAACCCUCGAUAUAUGAGUUACACAAUAAGCAAUACCCGUUCCCAAGGAAUUGACGAGAUAAUGUCAACUUAAUGUAAAAUAUAUGACGCAACAAAAGCACACUUUUUUCAGAAACCAUUAUACCACUUACGCAUUACACAUAUUUUCGUUUACAUAAUACGUUGAACAAUAAGAUAAGUCCGGGGGCUUAUGGCUAUACGAAAGAAAUGACCAAUGAAAAAAUUUAAGGGAAGUAUUUAGCAGAUGAUGACACUUGAUCUCGCUAGUGCGCUUCCCGAGUUACUCAAGAGCACAUGCAAUCGCAAUUUUUUGAGAAAAAAAAAAUGAAAAAGUAAAUUAUUUUCUUGUUUUCACUUUAAAAUUUUUUCAUCGACUAUUCUCUUCCAUAUGAUACAUCAUCCCCGGACUUAUCUUACAUUUAAAAGAAGCCGUAUCACGAAAUUAUACUAUGUCUGUUUCUAUUUUUUUUACUGUAUAUUAAAUUUUAGAUGUUUUUUUAAAAAAUCGGUUGUUAAAAUGAUGUUAUCCUUGCAGAAAUUUGGAAAUGCUGCCGUAUUUACUGUACAAGUAUACUCAGUAUACAGUAUAUCUCGAUCAAUUUCAAAUUGCAGGACAAUUAUAAUCUAUUUUGUAAAACUACUUGUACUCUCUUUUGUCAUUCUGUGAGCUGAUUGUUUACUUCUUCAAAAUUAAUACGAGCUAUUAAUAUACAAAAAGAAACGAUAAUUCUGCAAUUAUAACAAACACAUACAUAUCGAGGUAAUAGUCACGUAAUCUCUCAUGAAAACCAAGAUGAAUUAAAUAUUUUAUAUUUUAAUAAUUUUUUCCUUUUUUCGUGUUACUAUUUUUACGCAGAAAACGAGGAGAAAAACUCGGAAUAUUAAUAUCUGCUCGCGUAUAUUCAAAAGUUUUUAUUUUGCAGAAUUGCCAUUUUUGCUCGAUAAAUAUGACAGAAAUUUUUUCACUUUCGAAAAAACACAACACACAUACACAGCACGCAUUACGUACAAGAAUAUUUUUUUUAUUCAAAGAUUGAAUAAAAUUUUCAUUUAUUUUAUUUAUUUAUAAUUUUUUAAAUUUUAUCAGAAUCAAAAAAGCACGAAUCAUCUGGACUAAUUUGAAUAAAUUGAAAUACGAUGUAUAUUCAUAAAAUGUAAUUUAAUUAUAGAAUAUAAUUACUGAAAAUAUAAUUAAUUUUAUCGCGAAUAUAUGAGUUGUUAGAAAAUAAACAGGUGCAAGGGAGAAAAGAUGCUUCCUCGUUAGAAAAAAAAAAAAAAACAAAUUAUAUCUCUCGAAAACUUUUUAUUCUUUCUUUAUUAAGAAAGAUAUCACGUAUAUCUCUGCUGCUUCCAAAAAUCGAGAGAUUGUUUGAUUUUGGGAAAAUAAAUAAUAUUUUUAAAAGCACAGAACUGUAACUUUGAAUUCUUUGAAAAAGAGAUUGGUGCAUAUGUUAAUCCUUAAUAAGUAAUGUUAAAUUCACAUGUACGGAGUCUCUCAGACUCCAGAAUUCGAACUUUUUAGCUUUCGUUUAUAUUAAAAAAAAAAAUUUUUUUCUCUUCUUUUAUUGUCUUCCCCUAGAUAUCUUAAAUAAAUGUAUACCAAUAAAAGCAAUUAUUAUUAUGUCUAAAAAUGAAUUAUUUAAAGAAGAAAUGUAAAUAAAGCAAAGAAUCUAUAUGUGAGACUCCCUCAUUACUUCUCGUUCUUCGAUUUUUUCCACGUCAUUGGAUAAAAGUUGAAGAGCAAUCGCAAUAUCGCCUUCUGCGACAUUCCUAUUUUCAAAUCGAAAGCUACGCGUAUAUUUGCAAUAAAUUCAUUAAAAAUAUUUAACCUUUAACAAUUAAAGAAAUUUGAAUACAAUGCCUUUUUGGCCUACCUUCUUAUCGAGUAAAACAAAGAAACUUAAAUGGCACCGUUGAGCACAGAGAACACGCUUAAUAUCCUCGUUUCAGUAUUUCUAUAUUUAUUAGAGUUUCGCUUAAACGUUUGUGUGUCCGAUGCGCCCGGUAAUUCCUCGAAGUGAUAUGUACAUAUAGUUAUAAAUGACAUAAUUAAUGUUGGAUAGUUCUAUCUUAGAUGCUGCUAAAAUUCAAUUCGGUCACUCGCAAAUGAAAUUUCUGUCCCAGGGGAAAAUUUCUUCAGUUGUGCGUAAAUAUUUCAAAAAAUAAAAGCGAGUAUUAUAUUUUCGUUCUUUAGGUUUAUACGAUUCGUAAUAAUAAUUAUUUUAGUGCAGAGAUCAAUUUACUAAUAUAGUGAGCGAGUACUUCCGAUUGUAUUUUAUUGCUCGACACAAUACGUAUGUUUUUAAUAGCAUGAAUGUGUUCAAAUCAUAAGCUAUCCUUGAAUUUGAACAUCGUUGCCGUACUUUUAGCGACUGAAACUUAGACAUUUACUAUGUAUACAAUGUAUACAAGAUUCAAAGCGUUUAAAUAAAAGCUUAUUUAUUGCCGAAAA